AUCAAGCACCUAGGCAUGCAAUACUGCUUCUACAAACCUUUUUUAAAGAAUGGGUCGCUCUCAGGAGCUCAGUGAAUUCAAACGUGGUACCGUGAUAGGUUGCCACCUGUGCAAUAAGUCCAUCCGUGAAAUUUCCUUGCUAUUAAAUAUUCCCAUGGUCAACUGUUAGUGGUUUUAUAACAAAGUGGAAGCAACUGGGAACAACAGCAACUCAUGAAGUUGCAGGCCACAAAAAAUGACAGAGCGGGGUAAGCACACGCUGAAGCGCAUAGUGUGCAGAAGUUGCCAACUGUCUACAGCGUCAAUAGCUAAAGACCUCCAAACUUCAUUUCGUCUUCUGAUUAGAACAACAACCGUGUGUAGAGAGCUUCAUGGAAUGUGUUGCCAUGGCUGCGCAGCAGCAUCCAAACCUUACAUCACCAGGUGCAGUGCAAAGAAUUGGAUGCAGUGGUAUAAAGCACACUGUCACUGGACUCUAGAGAAUGGUACUUGCCUGACUGCAUUGUGCCAAGUGUAAAGUUU